UGUGAGCGGCGGUGGGUUCUGGGUUGCCCACGGUGGUCGGGGUAAUACUCACUCACCACUCAGUCAACCGGCGGGUUUAAGCUUCACACUUUGGAGGAUUCCCGCGAGUUCACGUUUUAAAGUGUGGCUUUAAGGUAAAACCCCUUCCCAUUGUAAGAUAGGGGCAGAGAGGAUGGACCGUCUCCCCGGACCCUGUCAGGCGGGGUGCUCUGCGAGGUGUUAGUGUUGUCGGGUCCACAUGUGGUCGGACUCGGACUCGGAGGAGCCGGAGACACCGUGAGGACGCUGUGGUGCUUUAAAAUGUCUUCGAUUUUUGACCUACAAACACCGGCAACCCAAAAGGCGUAAAGGUAAACAGAACCAGGGGUCCUGCAUAGCGCAAAAAGUGCUUCAAUCCCUGCCCCCUUCCUUCCGUGGCUCCUUCCAUCCUUCCCUCCCUUCUCCAUUUGCUCCUCCCUUGCCUCCUACUUUAAUCUCUUCAAUACCAUCUCCCCUAAUUUCUUCCUUACUUCCCCUCCCCCCUGCUUCUUCCCUUGUGACUCUUCCCUCUUUCCUCCCCCCUUCUCCUGCUUCCACCCCGGCCACCCUUCCCUUCUCACUCUCAUCCCUCCCUUGCUUCCUCCCCUUCCCGCCACCAUGAGCUGGAGCUUCCUGACCCGCCUGCUGGAGGAGAUCCACAACCACUCCACCUUCGUGGGGAAGAUCUGGCUGACGGUGCUCAUCGUGUUCCGCAUCGUGCUGACGGCGGUGGGCGGCGAGUCCAUCUACUACGACGAGCAGAGCAAGUUCAUCUGCAACUCGGGCCAGCCGGGCUGCGAGAACGUCUGCUACGACGCCUUCGCCCCGCUCUCCCACGUCCGCUUCUGGGUCUUCCAGAUCAUCCUGGUGGCCACGCCCUCCCUCAUGUACCUGGGCUACGCCGUCAACAAGAUCGCCCGCGCCGACGACCGGGCGGGCGUCGGCGGCGGCGGCGGGGACGGUUUGCCCCAGCGCCGCGCGCCCAGGAAGUCGUACCCGGGCGCCCGGAGGCAGCACCGCGGCGUGGAGGAGGCGGAGGACGACCACGAGGAGGACCCCAUGAUCUACGAGGUGGCGGAGCCGGAGAGCGACGGCGGAGGGGCCGGGGGAGCGGCGGGCGGGGCCGACGGGGGUGCGGGCGGGGCCGACGGGGGAGGGGUCAAGGCCAAGGCGCGCCACGACGGGCGCCAGCGCAUCAAGGAGGACGGGCUGAUGCGUAUCUACGUGCUGCAGCUGCUGGCGCGCUCCCUGCUGGAGGUGGGCUUCCUGCUCGGGCAGUACGCGCUGUACGGCAUGGCGGUGCCCUCCACGUACGCCUGCUCGGGCCCGCCCUGCCCGCACACGGUGGACUGCUUUGUGUCGCGGCCCACCGAGAAGACCAUCUUCCUGCUCAUCAUGUACGCCGUGUCCCUGCUCUGCCUGGCCCUCAACUUCUGGGAGAUGCUGCACCUGGGCGUGGGCACCAUAUGUGACAUCCUGGGCUCCCAGCGCUCCCCAGCGCCCUCCAACGACGAGGCCUCCCACCCGUACGGAGUGGCCAGAGGGCCGGCGACGGAGCCCGCGUACGGGAACGUGCCCUUCUCCUGGAACACGCCGUCGGCCCCGCCCGGCUACAACUUCGCAGUCAAGCCCCCGCUGGACUCCAACGAGUACCAGGAGCCGGCGCUGCAGCCGCCCCCCGCGGCCCUGCCCUUCACCGACCUCACCAACGCCAAGGCGGCCUGCCAGCAGAACCGGGCCAACAUCGCCCAGGAGGAGAACCAGCGCUUCGCCGACGACCAGAACCUCCCCAAGACCGGUGUGGGCGGCGGCUGCGGAGCCCUGCGGAAGGAGCUGCACCUGGCUCAGAACCGGCUGGAGGCGGCCAUCAACGCCUACGGCCAGCAGGGGGACUACAACAAGAACGGCAGGUCCCCCGGCAACAAGGCCAACAGCGGGGGCCGCAAGCAGCGGGCCGUGUCCCGCACGGGGUCGGGUCGGGCCGGUGGCAGGGGCCAGGGGGGGAGCAGUGGGAGCAGCUGCAACAGCAAGUACGGAGAGGUGAAGGGGUCUGAGUGGAUCUAG